AUGAGUCAGGAUCCAGCAGAGCAGAACAUUCAGAUGUGGAAGGUCAAGAAGCUCAUCAAGAGCCUCGAUGCCGCUAGAGGCGCGGGUACUUCCAUGAUCUCUCUCAUCAUUCCCCCCAAGGACCAAAUCUCCCGGGUGUCCGCCAUGUUGACGCAGGAGUACGGAACGGCGUCCAACAUCAAGUCCCGUGUCAAUCGUCUAUCCGUUCUGGCGGCCAUCACUUCGACGCAACAGCGCCUGAAGCUGUACAACCGCGUGCCCCCGAACGGUCUCGUGCUUUUCGUCGGUACCAUCCUCACGGACGAAGGCAAGGAGAAGAAGGUGUCCUUCGACUUCGAACCGCAUAAGCCUAUCAACACAUCCCUAUACCUUUGUGACAACAAAUUCCAUACCGAAGCUCUCCAGGAGCUGCUCGAGUCGGACUCCAAGUUCGGCUUCAUUGUCAUGGAUGGUAACGGCACGCUCUUCGGUACCGUCGCAGGGAACACGCGUGAAGUGAUCCACAAGUUCACCGUCGAUCUCCCCAAGAAGCACGGCCGUGGUGGUCAGUCCGCGCUGCGUUUCGCGCGUCUCCGUGAUGAGAAGCGCCACAACUACGUCCGGAAGGUCGCCGAGUUGGCCGUACAGCACUUCAUCACGAACGACAAGGUCAACGUGACUGGUCUUGUGCUCGCGGGUAGCGCCGACUUCAAGACUGAGCUCAGUCUGUCGGACAUGUUCGACCCGCGUUUGGGCGCGAAGAUCAUCAAGGUGGUCGACGUCAGCUACGGUGGUGAGAACGGUUUCAACCAGGCUAUUGAGCUCGCGGCAGAGGCUCUCUCGAACGUCAAGUUCGUGCAGGAGAAGAGGCUGAUUCAGAAGUACUUCGACGAGAUCAGCCAGGACACUGGCAAGUACUGCUUUGGUAUCGACGACACGCUCAAGGCGCUCGAUCUCGGUGCCGUCGAGACUCUUAUUGUCUGGGAGAACUUGGAUAUCACGCGUUACGUCCUCAGGAACGCUGCUGGCGAGGAGAUCAUCCUCCACGCCAACAAAGAACAGGAGAAGGAACGCGAGCGGUUCAUGGACAAGUCCACCGGGCUCGAGAUGGAGAAGGCGUGCGAGCCUCAGCCGCUGCUCGAGUGGUUCACGGAGAAGUACAAGGAGUUCGGCGCGAACCUUGAGUUCGUCACGAACCGCUCGCAGGAAGGCGCGCAGUUCGUGAAGGGCUUCGGUGGCAUCGGCGGCCUGCUCCGGUACAAGGUCGACUUCACGAACCUGCAGAGCGUCGACGAUGACGAGGACGAGUUCAUGUCCGACGACGACGGCAUCUGA